AGCCCGCGUUGACGCUCUUUCAGAAUUCCCCGUCGCGUUUUCCGAUCAGAUUCACUCAGCAGUAGCUAUAGCGGCAACAAUGGAGGGAUCUCAGGUCACGCACAGUCAUCCCUAUGAGCCAAGGGACUUGCAGCUUCCUGGUUUCGUUCCCUUAUUCCUCUCUCAGUCUACCAUUAUUGGAGUCUACGGUGUGGCUUCUCUUCUCGUCGUCUCUUUCAUCUGGCUCCUCUCAGGACGCCUGCGCAAGUUAACAAAAAUCGAUCGCGUGUUAAUGUGCUGGUGGGCAUUCACAGGGCUCACGCACAUUAUUCUUGAAGGCUAUUUUGUUUUCUCCCCAGAAUUUUACAAGGAUAAGACUGCCAACUACCUGGCUGAAGUUUGGAAGGAAUACAGCAAAGGGGAUUCAAGGUAUGCUGGAAGGGAUGCAGGGAUAGUCACUGUUGAAGGAAUUACGGCAGUUUUGGAGGGUCCAGCUAGCCUUUUGGUUGUAUACGCAAUAGCUUCUGGCAAGUCAUACAGCUACAUACUUCAGUUUGCUGUUUGUUUGGGACAGCUAUAUGGAACUGCUGUCUAUUAUACAACGGCAAUCUUGGAAGGUGACAAGUUCUCUGCUAACACUUUUUACUAUUAUGCAUACUACAUUGGAGCAAAUUUCUCUUGGAUCGUGAUACCUUCACUCAUCUCCAUUCGCUGUUGGAGGAAAAUCUGCACGGCCAUACAGACCCAAAGCCAGACCAAAAAGACUAAAGUUCGCUGAUGCAGGUUUCAGAUUAUCAGUUUUCAAAAUGAUCAGGUAAUUGAUAAUGUUGUGUUGGGUGAAUGUUAAGUGUUAAGCGUCAAGAGAAUGUUCUCUCUUGUUAACUUACAGCAUGGGAUAUUUCAAAUUUUCAGAUUGGAUAGACGUUUUGAUAUUUAAUUUUCUUAAAUUUGCUUAUGUUGAGAAGAAACAUUUCACUCUGGCCAUGAUGGAUGGUCAGGAUCACAACUUCCUCAUUAAUGCACUGUGUCCAUUUUUUUUCUUGAUACAAA